AUGUUUAUCAUUGUGUUAUUCAUACAUUUUGUGCUCGUAAGCGCUGGUCCAGCCACAGAAUCCUACAAAAAUCAAUAUUGUACAGAUCCUCGAACGACGACGAAACACGCGGCGUACACCGAGUGGGCAGACGCGUACUCUUGUACCAGACAUCGAUGCCAGCCCGGGGGAAGAAACCUAGCCAUAUACAGUGUGGGAUGCAAGCGUGUUGAAGCUCCUGAGUCUGCUAUCGAGUGCGAAGAGGUGGUGGAAGAUACUAAUAUGCAGUUCCCAUACUGCUGUACAAGACUUAGAUGCCUGGUAGUAGUCCGGGGGGAAGUCUGGACUCGCGUGUUGGGGCAACCCUGGGAGAACCUGCCCGCGGCCCCCUGGAGCCACAUGUACAAGAUGAAGAGACCCCCACCGAUGGAUGAGCAUGCUGGACAUAAAAAUAUUGGACCUGGUCCCAUAUACGAGCUCCAAGAUGCUGAAAACGAGCCGCAUGACAAAGUACUGCGCGCGUCAAAAUCUACAUCUGCACCAGAUUAUAAUGAAGCUGUCUCACAAUCGGUUCCUUCUCCUGAUAUUGUUAUCGCUCUCGCAACUACCAACGAUGAAAAGGAAAAGAAAAAUGAAAAUAUUAAACAUAAGAGAGCAAGAAAAAAUCCUUUGAAUAGCAACAAUGAAGAAGAGACGGAUAAAGAACAUAAUGAAGUCGAUUUCGAAGAAACAAAAGUUGCAGAAAAGGCACAAGAAACAUCAGACGAAAAACUACCUGCUGUUACACCAAAAUUAAUAGCUGAGAACACUUGGACACAUAUUCCUCAAAACCAAUGGAAAGAACAUGAACCAUCUACAGAUCUGGAAUAUUCACCUCCCGCAGACGAAAAAAAAGAAAGGCCGUCUGGUCUCCAAGCACUAGUGGACGCAAUCGGUAACAGAAUGCGAGACAUAGAAAGCGUUGUCCAAAAGAUGAGUGAAAAAGUACAUAAGGAGAGUGAUUUCGAAGAGAAACAAGAAAUACAGCCUGAAAUUGAAGCUCUGAAGAAACGUCACAAAAACGAUAAAAGCCAUGAAACAGAUUAUUUUAAGCGUCCAAAGAAAUCUAAUCCACAAAAUGAUAAUUAUAAAAGAUUCUCACCAGAAAACCGCGGUAGUAAAUAUUUGCAUCCUGAUGUUACUGAGAAGUCGCUGUAUGGAGAAGAUAACAACAUGAAGGGAUACUUCAGCGACGCCAGUAACGUCUUUAAACGAACUAAUUUACCGAAAGUAACUGCGCUAACAUACGUAGCCCCAGUGGAAAACCAUCGCAAGUCUGUCGCCUCAGAUGUGUCUGAUGAGAAAGAGAAGAAACAUAAAAAACAUAGCCACAAGAAGAAACGAAAGGGUAAAGGCCACAAGAAACACGUCAAAAAUGAGAAAAGAAAACAUUUCAACAAAUUAUCUUCAAAAGAAUUAGAUAAAAAUGUAAUCUCUUUAGAAGACAGUAGUGCCGUUGUAGCGAAG